AUGGAGCUCCCGUGUUCGCUGCCGCUCGGCCCCUGUGGCCCCUGUGGCCCCUGUGGCCCGGCUCCCUCCCUGGGAUCCCAGGGCAGCACGGCCGGCCUCCACCAGCUGGAGGAGAAGCAGCUCUUUGAGAAGUUUUGGAGGGGCACCUUCAAGGCGGUGGCCACCCCGAGACCGGAGAGCGUCAUCAUGGCCAGCAUCACCGCCCGGACCAGGGUGGCCAACUUCCAAACAACACUCUGCCAGCCACUUAAGGCCGAUGAGCGGAAAGCAGCCGACACCACGGUGGAGGCGGCCGGCAGAAACGGCUGCAUCAAGGGGAAAGCACGCAAGCACCACAGCCGGCGCCGGGCCAGGAGCCCCUCCUUCGAUGGGGAGCUCUCUCCUCGGCACAAGGCCAAGAAGAAGAAGAGAAAGUCCGAGCGCAAGAGGAAGAGGAAAAGGUCUCCUUCUUACAGCCUGUCGCCAGUGAGGAAGAAGAAAAAGAAGAAGAAGAAGAGCUCCAAGAAAAGCAAGCGGCACAGAUACACCUCCAAGAAAUCCAAACACAGCUCUUCAAGUUUAAAACAUAAGAGGAAGGAUAAACGCAAGCACAAGAAAAGCUCCCGGACUCACUCCCGGAGGACGCGGCGUUAUCGGAGGUCAGAGUCGUACAGUUCCUCCUGCCACUCAUCCGCAGAGUACAGAAACCAUCAGCAGAAGUCUGUGGUGCAUCAGGCUCUAGGAGACCUGGCAGCGGUCAGACAGGACACGGACACGAAGUGGAGACCAGCAACCAAAUCAGUCUGUAAAACGGCUCCAAAGUAUCGCUCCAUCCUCUCAACCAGCACAAUUUUGUCGUCAAAACCUGGAAGCGAGCUCUUACAGGGAAAAGGGUCUCGGCAAAUCUCCAGCCAGGUGGACGCUCCGCACGAUUACGACUCUGGGAAUGACACGUCCUCGCCGCCGUCGAGCAAAACCGACGUCUCGCGGUCAAGCGCCGCCGACAACAAGAGGAGCCGCUGUCAGCGUCUGGCCUCUCCGGAGAAGCUGAGGUUCACAGACAGAGACAAUGCCUCCGAUUCAGGAAACUCUGUGACCAGCUACACGUCGCUAUGCAAACCUUACAGGGAGGACAGCUUGUCCGCAGCCGUGUUCAGUGGAAACGGCAAGAGGGAGCAGAUAACCUCGGGGUGUCAGGUGGAGGUUGCGACACCUCAGAAGACGUCCAGCUAUUCGCGGAAGAGGAGCCUGUCAUCACGAAAGCGCCGGAAAUCUCGCAGGUCCAGCAGCAGGAGCAGGAGCAGGAGCAGGAGCCGGUCGUCGGGGAGUUCCAGAUACUCAGGACGCUACUCGAGAAGUCCUUCACUGUCAUCUUGCAGCUCGUAUUCACGGUCUCCAAGUUACUCGGCCGACCCGAGGAGACGAGGCAGCAUGGCCAGCCUGAGCUCCAGAGGAAGCUUCUCCAGAAGACUGCGAGACAGAAAGAGAGCAUCGAGCCACAGAGCGACAGAUGUGAAGACUGCACGUAAGGUGAGUGGGAAGAGACGAAGACGCAAAUCCUACUCUCCGAUGAAGAAAAGACGGAGAGACUCGCCGAGCCAUCUGGAAGCACGACGAAUCACAAGUGCCAGGAAACGACCCAUCCCGUACUUCCGACCCAGUCCCUCAUCCAGCAGCCGCUCCACCAGCGUGUCGUCCUGGAGCAGCCUCUUCACCCGCAGCCGCAGCCGCAGCCCGAUCAAUGGCAUCAGCCGGAGCAGGAGUCGGAGCAGGAGCCGGAGUCGGAGCUGGAGCGACUCCUCCUACAGGAGCUACAGUCGCAGUUCCUCCUUUAACUCAAUCUUCGGGAGCCGCAGUCGCAGCCGGAGUUGCAGUUCGUUGAAAAAGCGCAGCAGGACCAGGCGCUAG